AACAAUUUAGAAAAAAAUCUGAAAGACUUGGAACCGAGAAUCAAGGAAUUAAAGCAAAGUUACGAAAGGUUCCUCACACAAAUCAAAUAUUUAGAAGAAAAAGUUAGAGAACGAGAAGAAGAAGCGAAAGCCGAGCAAGAAAUUAUAGAAGAAAAGUCUUGA